AUGGAAAAGAAAAAAGUGGAUGAACAUGAGGCAGGAUCCGUUGCACUUCUGAAAGUUGAUAGAUUUGGAUUCGCAAAGCUGGAAGCUAACUCUCCUGAUGGUUUAACAAGGAGUAAAUCAGCCUUCGAGUAUGGGAGGUACGCAAAUUAUAAAAUGCAUGCACAUUCUAGAAGAGAUUGUCUGGACUUUGUGCACGGAGGCACUAGCGUGCCUCCGUACUGGUGCAGUGCCAGCUUGCCUCCGUGCACGAGAACGGAGGGUGGAAUGGGAUUAUGGGGAUCACUAGCAUAUGGCUUGGGACGUAGUUUAGCUUCCGAAGGGCGUUGGCCUCGAGAGAGUUCGUGA